CGCUCAAUUCAACUCCCCUGCCUGCCUCCCUGGCAGUAGUCGUAGUAGGGUUUUAGAGUAAGCAACCCCAAGCCUCAUCCUUUUCACCUUCCAUGGCCAUCUACGAUACUACUAUUGGCUUCUAACCAUGGACGACGAAACCCAUCCUCCAGCCCUAUCCUCCCCCUCACUCCCCACUGCAGAACAGCAAGAAGAACCAAACCCCAAAAAACUGAAAAUGUCCACCACUACCUCCGCAACAUCCGACGAUGAAGAUAUUGACACCGCUCCUUCCUCAGUUCAAGAGGGUCCUACGCCCCAGAAAAAACCCAGAUAUAAGCGCCGCAAAAUCGCCGUCUUUUUCGCCUAUUGCGGCGUUGGUUAUCAGGGGAUGCAAAAAAAUCCCGGGGCUAAAACCAUCGAAGGUGACCUCGAAGAGGCACUGUUUCACGCCGGCGCUGUACCCGAGCAAGACCGGGGCUGUCCGAAGCGGUUCGACUGGGCCAGGUCCGCCCGAACUGAUAAGGGAGUCAGCGCAGUGGGGCAAGUUGUUUCGGGCCGGUUUUACGUUGACCCUCCUGGCUUGGUCCAGCGUUUGAAUUCGAUUCUGCCCCCCCAGAUACGGAUCUUUGGUUAUAAACGUGUGACGGCAUCGUUUAAUGCCAAAAAGUUUUGUGAUAGGCGGCGCUAUGUGUAUUUGAUUCCUGUUUUUGCUCUUGAUCCUAGCUGUCAUCGUGAUAGGGAGAGUGUUUUAGCUAGUUUGGGUUCUGAAAAUGAGCUUGUUAAGUGCUUGGAGUGUUCUGAAAGAGGUCGCAAGGUAGAGGGAAUAAUGGGAAAGCGCAAUUUUGAUUCUAAGAUUGGGUUGGAUGUAGAUAAACUUGAGUCAGGCAUUUCCUCGAAUAAUCAGGACGCUGGAACGACAGAGGAAAAAAUCAAAGAUUUUUCAUUAGGUGCUAAUGUUAGUAACCAUGGUGGCCAUUUAAGUGAUGACACUCCAAAGGAAUUAGAGAAUGGAGGUUUUGACAUUGAGAAAACUGAGGAAGACGAAGUUUUAGUUCAGUAUGUGAAUCAGGAGGAGGUGAAAGCUAUUAAAAAGAGCGACUUUUGCUAUGGUGAGGAGGAGAGGGAGAGGUUUAAUAGGGUUCUUCAAUAUUACCAGGGAACGCAUAAUUUUCAUAAUUUUACAACUAGGACGAAAGCUGAGGACCCAGCUGCCCGGAGAUACAUUAUCUCUUUUGAUGCAAAAGCCACCGUCAAUGUUGAAGGCAUUGAAUUUGUGAAGUGCGAGGUCAUAGGACAGAGCUUCAUGCUUCAUCAGAUUCGGAAAAUGAUCGGUCUUGCAGUUGCCAUUAUGAGGAAUAUAGCUCCUGAAUCACUGAUUGAAACAGCUUUUCGACAGGAUGUUGACAUCAAUGUGCCUAUGGCUCCUGAGGUUGGACUCUACCUGGAUGAGUGCUUCUUCUCAUCUUACAAUCAGAAGUGGAAGGACAGUCAUGAAGAGUUAUCCAUGCAAACCUAUGCAGAGGAGGCAGAGGACUUUAAAAUGCAGUACAUCUACUCCCAUAUUGCCUCCACAGAACACAAGGAAGGAGUUGUAGCCCUCUGGUUGCAUUCCCUGAAUUAUCGUAAUUACCCUGAUCUACGCUUCAUUAACAACAACGUUAACAAUGAUGUGGAAAGUCUUGGGAUUGAGGCCAAGGAUGGUGACAAGUGAACGCGUUGAGCGGAUGAGCAUGGUUGAGGAAAACAUGGAUUGGUUGCUCUCAUCAGGAGGAUCGUGCAGGCUUGGCUCAAGUUCAUCCUACUUUAUUGGAAGGUUUCAUAUGGAAGCAAGGGGUCUUUGAUUUUCAGCUCUAACUACGGUGGAAGCGAAUCAAGCCCAAUGUUCGCGUGGGUUGGAAUCAUUAUUGGGUGGUGCCUUGGCGGUCAGAAGUUGGUGAAACAUUCAAACCUAAUGUUCCAUUUUAAAGUAUUUGUUAAUUAUAUAUAUGUGCAAUAGAUUAUUUCAAACUUUUGUGGUGCUAUUGUAUUUUGACUGUGGAAAGAAAUAGAAAACAAGUCUGCAAUAUAUUGAUUUCGCAUGCAAUGUAUCGAUUGCUGAUGCAGCAUUGAGUU